AUGGAGGGCGCGCCUGCGCCGCCACGUGGCAGCGGAGCAAAUGCGGAGUUUUACCUGCCGAACUAUCGGUUAGGGAAGACGCUGGGUGUGGGGUCGUUCGGCAAGGUGAAGGUAGCGGAGCACGUACUAACGGGACAUAAAGUGGCGAUUAAGAUCCUGAACCGGCGGAAGAUUAGAUCCAUGGACAUGGAGGAAAAAGUGCGUCGGGAGAUCAAGAUCCUGCGGCUGUUCAUGCAUCCGCACAUCAUCAGGCUGUACGAGGUCAUCGAGACACCCGCGGACAUAUUCGUGGUGAUGGAGUACGUCAAGGCGGGCGAGCUCUUUGAUUACAUCGUCGAGAAGGGCAGGCUGUUGGAGGAUGAGGCACGGCGGUUCUUCCAGCAGAUUGUGAGCGGCAUCGAGUACUGCCAUCGCAACAUGGUGGUGCACCGCGACUUAAAGCCCGAGAACCUGCUGCUGGACGCCAAGGGCAACGUCAAGAUCGCCGACUUUGGGCUCAGCAACGUCAUGCGCGACGGGCACUUCCUCAAGACGUCCUGUGGCAGCCCCAACUACGCUGCUCCUGAGGUGAUAUCAGGGCGGCUGUACGGAGGGCCCGAGGUGGACGUGUGGAGCUGCGGGGUGAUUCUGUACGCGCUGCUGUGUGGCAGCCUUCCAUUCGACGAUGAAAACAUCCCCAACCUCUUUAAGAAAAUCAAGGGAGGCAUCUACGCUCUCCCUCACCAUCUCUCCGCGGGGGCGCGCGACCUGAUACCGCGAAUGCUUCUGGUGGACCCAAUGAAGCGCAUCACCAUCCCCGAGAUCCGCCACCACCCCUGGUUCCUCGCCAAGCUCCCCCGCUACCUCGCUGUUCCGCCACCCAACGCCGCCGAGCAGGCCAAGCGGAUUGACGAGGAGAUCUUUCAAGUGGUGACCAAGAUGGGAUUCGAUCAAGAGCAUCUAGCAGAAUCCCUGCGGGAGAGGCACACCAACAAGGCAACAGUGGCAUACUAUCUCCUCCUCGACUCGCACCGCCGCAUCUCCACGGGCUACCUGGGCGCCGAGUUCAACGAGCACAAGGAGGGGCAGCAGCAGCACGCCUCGCAUGCGCUUGCUGCCGAUGGGUCCCCGCUGGUGGCCGCGAGAGGAGGGCUGGGGCAUGCGUUGGUGGCGAGGCGGAGUGUUGGGAGUGGCGGUGGCGGGGGGAGUGGCGGGCUGGGCAUGGGGGUGCCGGGGUCGCCUGCGCAUAAUCAUCAGCGGGUUGUUGCGGACAGAAAGUGGGCGCUGGGGUUGCAGUCCCGCGCACACCCAAUGGAGGUGAUGGGGGAGGUGUUCCGCGCACUGCAAGCGCUACAGGUGCGGUGGAAGAAACUAUCCCCCUACGUCGUCAAGUGCCGCUGGGACGGGCCCCUCCCCUUCCCCCCCAACGCCUCCUCUUCCUCCUCCUCCGGUGCUGCCUCUAGCACAGCCUCCUGGGUGCAUGGGCAUGGGCGUGGGGGUGGGUAUGGUGGGGGCGGUGGGGAUGCGGACGGGAUGCUGGUGGAUGGUGGGAGGCUGGAUGGUGUAAGGACGAUACAGGACGAGAGAGGCCGCCCGGUGAUUCCUGUGGAGGCGCUGGUCGGAGGCGGGGUUCGACGUUUACUGCGGUUCGAGAUGCAGCUGUUCAAGGUGCGGGAUGAGAAGUAUCUGUUGGACGUGCAGCACGUGGACGGCUCCCACAUGCUCUUCCUCGACCUCAGUGCUGAUUUCCUCGCAGAGCUGCAUGUCAUCUGA